AUGACAUCCGACACAUUUUUCAUUGUUUCCUCAUCAAAUUUUCGAAAUCUUUUUUUUGUAAAUCCAAAAACUUUUAACACUUCCACAUGGCAUUCUACAGUAAUCCAAUCAUCAUUAGAUGAGCAAUCAAGAGUGCUCCCAUCGAAACGAAUCGAUGGAUUACUAAAUCUAGAAAUUGACAAAUCUCAGAAUCUCAGAAUCUCAGACUCUCAGAAUCUCAGAAUCUCAGAAUCUCAGAAUCUCAGAAUUUCAGAAUCUCAGAAUCUCAGAAUCUCAGAAUCUCAGAAUCUCAGACUCUCAGACUCUCAGAAUCUCAGAAUCUCAGAAUCUCAGAAUCUCAGAAUCUCAGAAUCUCAGAAUCUCAGAAUCUCAGAAUCUCAGAAUUUCAGAAUCUCAGAAUCUCAGAAUCUCAGAAUUUCAGAAUCUCAGAAUCUCAGACUCUCAGAAUCUCAGAAUCUCAGAAUCUCAAAAUCUCAGAAUCUAAGAAUCUCAGAAUCUCAGAAUCUCGAAUCUAAGAAUCUCAGGAUCUCAGAAUCUCAGAAUCUCAGAUUCUCAGAAUCUCAGAAUCUCAGAAUCUCAGAAUCUCAGUAUGCUACUACAGUAACUGUAGUAUAUCUGACAGUUGAACUACAAAAAACCAGAAAGAAGAAGAAAAAAGUGUUUAGUUUGAGUGUUUAG